CAAGUUUGUUUACUUGCCAUCAACUCAUCCUCGGCAAACAAAAUAUUUUCGACUUUCCUUUUGCAAGCUCUGAAUUAAAGUAGCAAAUAAGCCGAGACUCUAGCGAUGUCCUACCGAUGAAAUAAAGGCUUUUCCUGUGCCCAGAAAUGAAAUGGAUAGCAUUAAGCAGACUUAUCUACGACUCUGUAAUGAGCACCGUAUUGAAGUUCAACAGAGCGUGCUGUCAAACUUGCAGCAAAGAGUCUCGUUAAAACAGUCGAAGUCCUCUCAAAGAGCAGGCAGUCUGGUAGACUUAUCAACAACCAGUCUGUCCCUGCCAACAUGUGCAGUGUUCAGUCGAUUGUUUGCAAGUGAUACCAUGGUAACAGAACUGAGAUUAUCUGACUGCAUGAUUGGUGAUGAGGGUAUCAAGUUGCUGGCUGAAGGUUUGUCAAAAAAUGCAGCAUUGCGAGUUCUUGAUUUGAAAGGAAACAAUAUCAGAUCAGGUGGUACUGAGGCUCUAGGGCAGCUGUUGAGGCACAAUCACAACAUCAAAAGGCUCCUUCUUGAGUGGAACUCGCUUGGGUUGGAUGGCAAUGCAUUUGCAAUGUUUGCUGAUGGCCUCACCAUCAAUAACUGCUUAGAGGUCCUUGAUCUGAGGAACAAUCAGAUGAGUCAUGAUUCUGCUGGUGAGCUUGCAAUGGUGCUUCAGAAGAAUUCAACUCUAAAAGUUCUUGAUCUGAGAUGGAACAAUUUAGGUAUAGUAGGAGGGCGCUCUAUAUUGAAUGGAUUACAACAUAAUCAGACAAUUAUUCAAAUUGAUCUAAAUGGCAAUAAUAUUCCGCAAGACCUAAUAAGGGCAGUUGAUGUUGUGAGGAUGAAUAAUGAAGGCAGGUCCAACCUAACUCAGGAACAUCAAAGUCGACAGGAAUUGCUUACACGGGAAAUCCGGCAGCUGAAGAAAGAGAAGCGGGAACGAGUCGGCGAUCUUAUCUCAAAGAUCGAUAAACAAGAAGAACAGUUACAGAAAACACAGAGAAACACAGGCCAACGUAUUAGACAGUUACAGGAGGCAUUGGAAGAAAGAAAGACAGCAUUCAAUUCAUUGCAGGCCAAGUUGUCAAUGACUGAAGCUGAGCUCUCAUUGGCUGAACAAAAGUCACAAGACUUAGCGGCCUUGCUUGAUCAUAUGAAAGAUGAACAUUCAAAGUUGAUGUCAGGACAACAGAAAGAAAUUAACCAUGAAAGAGAGGAAAGAUUCCUAACAGAAUCAAAAUUGUCCAGAGAAAUUUCAAGUUACAGAGAUAAGAACGAACAGAUGGAAAACAAGAUAGAGGAACUGGAGAGAAAAUGCCACCAACUUCAAGACCAAGUUUACAGUCUUAAAGAAGACAAUUCAGAGCUGCAGGCAGAACUAAAGGUCCGCAACACUGAGAAUGAAGAAAAACUACAAAAGGAGAGACAACGUGGACGAGAAGCAACUCGUGAUUUAGAAACACGGCACGACAAGGAACAGAUGCGCCUCCGGCAACAGAUGGAUGACAGCGAGAAGUCUUACAAGGAAAGAAUCGGAAAACUGGAGCAGCAAAGACUGAUGCUGGAAGAGGAGGUCAGCCGUCAGAAGACUCAGCAGGUCACUGAUAGAAUGGCAAUGGAAGACCAGGUCCUGCAGGCUAAGCAACGUGUCAAAGAGGAGGAGCAACAACGGAGCAAAUAUUUAGAGGACAAGAUCCGUUUACUGCAAAAUGCCAAAGACGACUUACAACAAUAUGCAUCGCAACAGAGCCAGAGCUCGGCGGAGUAUCAGGCUAAAUAUAACAAUGCAACCCUUGAAAUAGAGUCCUUGAAACGUAAACUGGAGGAGCUGAAUCAGGAACUUGCAGGUAAAACCAAUGAAACUAUUGCAGAAGUGAACAAAGUGCAGUUGAACCACAGCAAACAGAUGAGUAAGCUAGAGACUCAGCUUAACAACUACAACGCUGUCCAGGACAGAUGCGAACAGCUAGAACAGCAGCUUAACGAUCAAAGCAAGAAAUACCAGUCAGAGAUUCAGGACAGGGAAAACAGAAUCACCACGUUACAACAAACACUGAGGUCGCAGGAGGAGGAUUUUUUACGUGUACGUGAAGAAGAGAUGCAGAGAGCCUCCAUGCUACAGUCUGCAUUCAGCAAUUUCUUCAGCAUGCCUAGAACUCCGCUAGCCUCACCAAGAAAAUGAGGAGAACUCCCAAAAUUACAAAGGACCUGUAGUUGCUCUGCUAGGUUAUCAGAGGCUCACAGGUCCAGACUGAGGGCCUGGCCUUUUAUCAUUUGUUCUCCUAAGUUGCACUUAAUAUCACAAUCUAUUUAAGGCAGCAUGGGGUUGCUGGACAUGGGGCCGUAGCCCUCUGUUGCUGCAGCACUUGACCUUUGAACUGCCUUACAAGAAUCACCAACAAAGAUAUCUCCAGUACUGCAUACUGUAUACAAUGCACCAUCCAAAUCAAGACCCCUCUAAUUCAAGACCACUUUUUUUUUAAGAACCAAAUGACAAUCCUUAAUCUAUUAACACUAAGCUAACCCUCUAUGUUGAGACCGUACCCUGAGACCACCCUAAAUUUUCAGGUCCCAAAGGUGGUCUCAAAUAUAGAGGGCGAACUGUACUUAAGCCACCUUGAAAUGUACAUGAAUUAUUUUUUUUCAACUGUAUUUUAAAUUCCACAGGCAUGACAAAGUGGCAUUUUUUGACUUAUGCUUCCAUACUUCAAAUUUACUGAUUAUUUUUUUAUUUCUUUUUUUGCUGUCACAUUAAUAUAUAAUAACUGCAAUAUUACAAAGAUCAAAAGUAAAUUAGGUAAACAUAUGAAUGCAAAUAUCUCGUUUCUUAUGCAAGAUCACCUUGAUUUAUCCUGUUUAUAAGUUAGACUUUAUAAAUCUUUACACAUUUUUAUACUGGUAAAUUAAAGUAGAAUUAUUUUGCAAGGAGAGCUAACUUCCCAUUUGUACUUGGUAAAAUUGAUAGAUUUAAGUUUUCUCCCUCCCCGAACCCCUUGAAAGUAUUAGGCUGCAUCUGGUGCCUUCAACCCGUCCAAUCAAGAGGGGUGAAGAGAUAUCUCCUUGCCUUGCACCUGUUUAAAUAGCAAACCAGUUUGACAAGGCUCUCUUAUGCUGAACAGCACACCUAUGUUUAAAUGAUAUAUAAAUAAGAAUGUUCUUUUCUAUAUUACUGAUGGAUUAGUUUCUUUAAAAAGUGUAAUAUUUGUAAUAAUUGAUGUUGUGGAUUUAUAGUUUGUGUUUAUGUGACAGCUUGCCAUUAAAUCCGUCCAAAGUUAUAAAAAUUGUAGAAGUAAUGUAUGCACUAUUAAUUUAAUAGUUAAUUAUUAGUAAAUAAUUCAAUUGCACUUUUUUAGGAUAUUUAUUUGCAAAAUCAUAUGAAUAAAAUAAGCCAUAUCGAUCAAAAA